AUGAGAGACAUCCUGGGCAUUCAGAAUCAUGGAGGAAUGGGAACUUAUCUAGGAUUACCAGAAAAUCUUGGGGGUUCAAAGGUUCAGGCACUUCAGGCUCUAGUGGAUCCACAGGAUGUGAAAAUUAUCGAGAGUAUACGACUGAGUAGAUAUCAGUUGGAGGACAAAGAUGGAUGGCAUUUCACAACAAAUGGGAAAUACACGGUUAAAUCGGGAUAUCAGUCAAUGGCGCAAGGAGAACUCAAGAGCUCUGUGCUAAACAGGAAACGAAACCCUAAAUCACCCGUUGCUUCUCGCUCAAGCAAGAAGCAGAAGAUAGCAGAACAUAGAAAGUCUCUUCCUAUAGCUUCAGAGGAGGAACGUCUUAUUGAGGCGGUUCAAAAGAAUGAUAUUCUGAUUAUUGUUGGUGAAACCGGUAGUGGGAAGACUACUCAGCUGCCUCAGUUCCUGUUCAAUGCUGGUUUCUGUCGGGAAGGAAAGAUGGUAGGGAUAACACAGCCGAGGCGUAUCGCUGCCCUGACCAUUGCCAAAAGGGUAGCUGAGGAGUGUGAUGUUCCGCUAGGACAAAAGGUUGGCUACUCCGUUAGGUUUGACGAUACUACUUCUAGCUCCACGAGGUUAAAAUACAUGACUGAUGGUUUCUUGCUGAGAGAGGCGUUGGUGGAUCGGCUUCUUUCUAGAUAUUCAGUCAUUAUUAUCGAUGAAGCUCACGAGAGGACUGUUCAUACUGAUGUUCUCCUGGCCUUGCUUAAAAAGGUGCAACGGGAGAGAAGUGAGAUUGGUGGUGUGUUGAGAGGCUGUCAAGGCAGAAAAGUAUCUCCGUUAAAGCUGAUAAUCAUGUCCGCGAGUUUGGACGCACGUGUUUUCUGUGACUACUACGGCGGUGCCAAAGAUUUUCGUGUGGAAGGGAGACAGUUUGAUGUGGACAUGUUUUACACUGUUCAUCCCGAGACUGAUUAUGUAGAUGCAGCUUUGAAUACUAUAUUUCAGAUUCAUUCGGAGGAGGAAGAAGGUGAUAUACUUGUUUUCCUCACUGGACAAGAGGAGAUUGAAUCUGUUGAGAGACUAGUCCAAGAAAAACUUCAGCAUUUACCUGAAGACGAGAGGAAGCUGCUGCCACUUGCUAUCUUUUCUGCUCUUCCAUCAGAGCAGCAGAUGAGAGUUUUCGCCCCUGCGCCUAUUGGUUUCCGUAAGGUGGUUUUGGCCACAAAUAUAGCGGAGACAUCGAUUACAAUUCCUGGAAUAAGAUAUGUGGUAGACUCUGGGGUUGUUAAGGCACGAACCUAUGAUCCGAACAAAGGAAUGGAGACGCUUGAUGUUGUUCCAGUAUCAAAAGCACAGGCCAUUCAACGAAGUGGGCGCGCAGGACGUGACGGUUAUGGGAAAAGUUUCCAUCUUUAUCCUGAGAGGGAUUUUUGGAAACUGGAGGAUUCAACCAAACCAGAGAUCAAGAGAUGCAAUCUCUCUAAUGUCAUUUUGCAGCUCAAGGCUCUGGGGAUUGAUGAUAUUCUUGGAUUUGAUUUUAUUGAUAAACCUUCAAGGAGCGCCAUUGUAAAAGCAUUGGCGGAGUUGCACUUGCUUGGUGCCUUGACUGAUGAUUGCAAACUAGCAAAACCCGCUGGGGAACAAAUGGCACGGCUCCCACUAGAGCCUGUUUACUCCAGAGCUCUGAUUUUAGCCAAUCAGUUCAAUUGUCUUGAGGAAAUGUUAAUCAUUGUUGCAAUGCUUUCUGUGGAAUCCAUAUUUUAUGAUCCUCGUCAGAAGAGAGAAGAGAGAACUUCAAGAAACCACUUUGUUAGCGUUGAAGGGGAUCAUCUAACUUAUCUCAGUGUCUAUCGAGAGUUGGAUGAGUUCUUGGAGGAGAGAAAGGCGGAAAAAAGUGAAGCGAAAGUUGAGAAAAUUAUGAGAAAGUGGUGUAAGGUCAACUUCGUGAAUAGUCGUUCCUUGAAACAUGCUCGUGACAUUUAUAGACAAAUUCGUGGAAACGUUGAACAGAUGGGUUUUAAUGUGUCUUCAUGCGGAAACGACAUGCUUGAGUACCGUAGAUGUAUUGCUGCGUCGUUUUUCCUUAAAGCAGCACAGAGACAGAUGGAUGGUACAUACAGGGCUUUGGAAAGUGGUGAGAUUGUGCACAUCCACCCAAGUUCUGUUUUAUUCCGUUCCAAACCUGAGUGUGUUAUCUUCGACGAGCUUAUGCAAACCAGCCAGAAGUACAUCAACAACCUGACAAGAAUUGAUCCUUUAUGGUUGGCUGAGUUGGCUCCUCAUCAUUACAAAACAGAAGAGUGACUUAACGCUUCUUUUAAAACACAACUAGUGUUCCUAGAGAUUAAUUUUGCAGACUAAAUAAAU